AUGAUUUUAAACCUGGCUCUCCCUAUUCUUUCUGCCCUGCCUCCUGACCACCACAUGGGCACCAGGGAUCUCUCGAGCAACUACCUCGCCGGCCCCAUCCCCACACUGCCCCUCAUCAGCACCUGGCGUCUCUCCAUCAACUUCCUCUCCGGGCUUGUGCCGGUCGGGACAUGCCACGCUUUCAGUUUUGAUGGCAACUGCUUCACACUGCCUUCUGGUUGUGCAGAGGUUGUGCAGCGGGAGGAAGCAUCAUGCAAUACAUUCUGUGGCGUCUCUUACUCUGCAGAAGCCGCUGCUUCUUCUUGUGGUGGAAGAGGGGUGUGCGUUCCAGACGAGGUUACCCUGGCCCCAACCUGUCUGUGUGAUGCGGGGUACAUCCAAUCUGGAAGCCUCAGCUGCGUGGCUAAAGGGCAGGCGGUGUCGGGGUGUGGAGUGCAGCUCGCCUUCCAGGCCAACUUCACCUUCUCCCUCGCCCCUCAAUCCGGCCGUGCUGGCAACAACGGCUUCGCCUUUGUCGUCUUGGCAACGGACCGGGUGGGGAAUGGAUCUGGUGUGGGGUAUGGUGGCAUGGAUACCCGCAGCAUGGCGGUUGAGUUUGACACGCUGCAGGACAAGCUGCAUGGCGACAUGAGCAGCCCGCACGUGGGGCUAAACAUUCAAGGCCAGGACCAGUCAAAAGCCGCUGCGAAGUCGCCGUUUGUUCCGACCAGCAGAAAGGCUUACACGGUGUGGGUGGAUUACGAGCCUGGGGAGCCCGGCACCAUCCAGGUGUUCCUAGCUGCCACGGAGGUGAAGCCAGCUCAGCCGCUGCUGGAGAGGAGGCUGGCGCUGUGUGAGGUGCUGCAGGCUGGGGCAGAGCAGUGGGCGUUCUUCUUUGGCUUUGUGGCAUCCACCACUGUGAAGCCGUUCCAGAUGCAUCUCAUCCUCAAGUCGGCAGUUCACACUGCCUUUGGUCUGACUCUCUUUGGGGCAUCGUAUGCGCCAGUCGGAGCCAGUCCCUUUAUGCGCUACAUGAGUGCGAGUUGGGCGUAUGCGGUGGUGGCGAGUGUGGAGGCAGUGUACGGCAUUGCUCUGAACAGUGAGGCGCCACGGCUGUCAGUGGACUCACUCUUUGCAGCCAUGGAGCUCACCUCCCUCACUGCCAAGUGCAUGGCAGGCGGCUCUUCUACCGCGGCCUUUCACAGGCUUAUCACUCUGCCCAGUGGUGGACUCACAACAGACAGCAAGCCGACCUUCAAGCACCAGGAUCCUGCCUGCUACACUGGCAACCUGGACCAUGCUGUACUUGUUGUUGGGUACCUCCUUUUCACAAAUAAUGACCACCAAAGCCAAACUGCUCCAUCGUUCUGGAUCAUCCGCAACUCGUGGGGAGUGGAGUGGGGAGACAGAGGCCACAUGCGCAUGGACAUUCAGGGAGGGGUUGGCGUGUGUGGCAUCAACAUGCUGCCUGGCAUUCACCCCAUUGUCAAGAUUCCCAAGGAUCCGUGCGGCCAGAAGAGCUACAAGGGCAAUGGGGAUCUGCAGCCCAGCAUGAACCCCACAGCCUCCAUGUUGAUAAUCACUGGCGCUAACUGGUGGUGCUCCGAUGUCUUCCCUGUGGCCGGCAUCUCCUUGGCUGGCUUCUCAUCGCAGAACAUGAGUUUGCCGCAGGGCAAGGUGAUCAAGCUGGGAGGCACUCCCACCACCCCCUGCACUGCAUUCUUCUAUGCCCUCAAAGUGAGCCUGGCCAAGAAGAUUAAUUUCUUUUGGGGAUCCUCCACCCCUCUCCCCUCAUCGCCCUCGUCAUCCCCCCUUCAACUCACUCACUCCCCCAUUUCUCCCUCCUCCCCAAACUUUCCCCCAUCUUUUGAUAUUGGCAACACCUGCUCCUCUAUCAGCGUCCAGCUGGGACUCGCAUCGACUUACCUUGCCUCUCUCAAUCCCGGCCUGGACUGCUUUGAGCCCAUCAAGGCGGGCCGCUCUCUUUGCAUUGAGCCCAACGCCACCUUCGCCUUCACUGUCCCUUGGUGCUUGCAGUACGGCAUGCUCUCGUCUCAGGACACGUGCGAGAGCCUGCAGCAGCAGAGCAUGAAUUCAAGUAGGGAGGGGUCGACAGGGGCCGAAGUGGUGGCUGCAACCAGCUGGACUGAGCUCUACCGUUCAAAUCCUGGCAUCAUUUGUCCCCGCACUAUCCCUGCCUCUAGUGCCACCAUUGCUAGUGGGGCCAGCACAAAGGUGAGGGGCGGAGGAUAA